UCAGCUUUAAAUAUGUCUAAAUAAAAGGGUCAUAAUUAUUCACAAAUACACACAAAGACGUAAAAAAAAUUAGCUACAAACUUUUAAACUUUUCUAAGAUUUGAUUUAUUUCUUGAUAUGGCUCAUUUUUUAAUAAUUUAAUAGAUAUUUUCUUGAAUACUUAAUCGAUAUUUCUAACGAUUUAAUUUUAUUAUAAUUUUGAAUAAGUUCUUCAAAAAAUAUAUUUUUAAAUUUGAAAUUUUAACUAUUUUGAGAUAUGCAAAAUUCGAAAUGAAACAUAGAUUAGAGAGUGGGUUAAACCCAAAAACUAAUACAAGGCCGUGGGUUUUAGAAGUUAUUAGAAUUGGGGUUUGUACAUUGACAACGACCUUAAAGAUUUUAUUCCUAAAAAAAAAAGCAAAGAGACAUGAAACAAAAGAUGCAAGAUGAGGAGGCCGUAGACUCUUCAGACAGCAUGAAUGUUACCGACAUAGUUUUGCAGUCAUCAUCUCCCAAACUCUCACAGAAGCAAGACUACAUCUUCCACGGAGGGAGACGGCAUGUGAGACCGUACUACUUCGAGUUCAUCUCUCAUGUGAAUAAACGGUGGACUGGAAAAACAAUUGUUGAUUUGUUCGCAGAUGAGUUCAAAGGCAGACCUCGUGACUACUAUGUUGGUGCUGUUAAAAGUGGAAGAAUCAAAGUUGAUGGAGAAACUGUACCAGUUUCUUAUAUUGUCAAAUCUUCCCAAAAGAUCACUCAUUUCCUCCACAGGCAUGAACCACCUGUGAUGACUGAUGAUGUAGAGAUCCUUCUUAAAGAACCUGAUGUUGUUACUGUCUGCAAACCAGCUUCUAUUCCUGUGCAUCCGUGUGGUCAAUACCGUAAGAACACGGUUGUUGGAAUCCUUGAUGCUGAGCAUGACCUUGGCCCUCUAUUUCCUAUUCACCGAUUAGACCGUUUGGUUUCUGGAUUGCUCAUCAUAGCAAGAACUGCUGCAAAGGCUGAUUUUUUCAGGCAACAGAUAGAGGGUGGAUUGGUGAAGAAACGCUAUAUUGCAAAGGUUGUUGGCGUGUUUCCAGAAGAGGAGAAAGUGGUCGACGCCAAUAUAAAUUAUAAUGGCAGCCAAGGAAGAAGCACAGCAGAGGACGCCAGUUCGAGUGGUGAUGAUAAGAACGUGAAGGGGAAGCCUGCGUGCACCAAGUUCACGAGAAUCGACACAAAUGGGACUCAUAGCCUCGUCUUGUGUGAACCAGUGACAGGGAGAACUCAUCAAAUACGAGUGCAUCUACAAUAUACAGGGCAUCCCAUAGCGAAUGACCCGCUUUAUCUAACUCAACACGUGGAUGAUCUUGAGACCAAGAUUGCCAAAAGAAUUGAUGCGGGUGAGAGAAAGCUUGUCUCCCCAGACGACUAUGUGUAUUCCAGUGAAGAUUUCAGCAUCGAUCCAAUGUGCACAAACUGCCCUAAGCUGAUCCCGCAAGGGUACGAGGAGCAUGAUGAGGCUCUUUGGUUGCAUUGCGUUCGUUACUCUGGAACUGGAUGGGAAUACGAGUGUCCUUAUCCAUCUUGGGCUUCCCUUUAACCAUUUUUGCUUUUGCCAUUUCUUGGACAAGAAACAGUAAUUCUUAUUAGUUAUU